AUGUCUACAGAAAUGGCCCCUGUCACUGUUGCAACUGAGUCGACUGUCCCAACCUUGGUCGUCCUUCCACAAGGAAUGCGCAAAAAUGGCAAACAAUGGCAUCCUGUGAAGAAAGCCUUCCGACCAAGGGCUGGAAAUACUUCCUACGAAAAGAGAAAGGCAAAUGAUGAUGCAGUCGCAGCAACUAAGGCUAAAGAAAAGGAUAUGAAGGAAGAGAAAGAGGCAGCAAGACAGGCCCAUAUAACAAAGAUUAAGGAAAAGCGCGCCAACAAGGAGGAAAGAGAACGAUACGAGAAAAUGGCCGAAAAUAUGCACCAGAAGCGUGUCGACAGAUUAAGGAGAAGAGAGAAGAGAAACAAGAUGUUGAAGUCGUGA